GUCCGGGGGGCUGUGGCUGUGGCUGAGGCAGCGGCGGCCGCCGGGUUAUCCCUCAAAAAGGAGGAGGAAAAAAAAAAACCCGACCCGCGGCACCGGGAAGCGAUGGUCCCGGUCACGGCCGAGUUAGGCCCCUGAUCCCACCGCGUUUCGUCCCUCACCGGCUCCCGGGGGAGGCGGCGGCGGCGGCUCCAGGUUUCCCGGGUAACAGCAGCUUCCACGUUGCCCGGUGACCGCCGAGUCCAGGGGUCCACAGCCAUGGCUCCGGGCCUGAGGUUCGGGGCGGCUUUCUCGCUGCUCGUGGUCCUGGCGGCUUACUGGUACCGGCAGCAGGUGCAGGACGAGCUGGAUGGGCGGCUGGAGACCGUCUUGUCAUCGCUGCUCAAAGCCGAGAGCAAAGUGGAUCUGGAGCAGCGGCCCCGAGUCGCAGUCGGAUUUGGUGGCUGCCUCGACAUUGUUGCAGAUGGAGUUGCUUUGUUAAACAAAGCUGGCGUCAGACCCAGUAACAAACCCAUCCACCACAAUGACAUUAAGACAGAGGAACAUCUGGCUGAAAGCUUUGCAUACUUCUUUCGUCCUGGAGCUGCAUCAGAACGUUUUGUUUCAAACAUCACGCUAUUUCGUCAGUUGGUGAAAGCCACACAAAGUCUUCCGCGAGUGCGAUGGUCACUGGGUGGAAAUGCGCCAGUCAUGGCAAAUCGCCUUGCAAUAGAAGGCUGUGAGGUGCUCAUGGGGAGCCGUCUAACCUCUGACCUUGUUGACGUCCUUCAGGAACAUGUGACUGUUACGAGCAAGGCAGUAGAUGAGAUGGAUAUUCACUUGAUUCUAGAAUAUUCAAGUGGGUCCAAAUGGGGUGAGCUGAUGUCUCAAAGAGCCAACAGAUUCAUACUCCACAGUGACUCCUCCAACCCUAUGUUAGAAUCACUGGAGGACUUUGAGGCACAGCUCCUUGAAUUUAACCCAGCGCUUCUAGUAGUUAGUGGCCUUCAGAUGAUGGACAAUUUUCCCUUUAAACAAGGUCAAUCUGAAGAGAGGCUAAAAGCGCUCCAGAGCCUCAUGCUCUCUGUCGACAGAACAACUGGAAUCCACUUUGAAAUGGCAUCAUUUGUCAAUGAGGACCUUCUGAAGAGCCUCUUUACUUACAUUGUUCCUUAUGCCGACUCUCUGGGAAUGAAUGAACAGGAACUCCCCAAUCUUCUCAGCAUGGUAAAGGGGGGUAACAUCACUCUGCUGUCAGAUCCAUACCCAAGGGUGGCAUGUGUACUUGACCAAAUGCGUGAGCUCUAUCACAUCUUGAACUCUCAGGAAGUAACUUUUGGUCAGCGCAAGCUGACUCGGCUCCACGUCCACACUCUUGCAUUCCAAGCCAUCAUUGUUGCCAAAGGGUCUGCUUGGAAGAACACUAUGUCAGCGACUGCCAAGGCUUCCCUUACUGCAAACCGCCACGUGUGUGGCUCUCCACACAUUGACACCAGCAAAGCCAAGCUGAUCAUGGAUGAUUCUUUUUCUGUGAGCAGGGAGUUGGGGAGUAAGAAAAUUCCACUGCAGGAGAACCGACCCGUUUCGUGCUGGGAGGAGAAUGACUAUGAGAUCUGCGUGGCCCCGGUGCUGGUGUGUACUGAGGUUUACCAGACCGUGGGUGGAGGCGAUAACAUUUCUGCAGCCAGUCUCGUUCUUCAAAUCUGAUGAUUUCUCUACUCACAUGUGGUGGUGGUGGAGGGAGGGGCUAAAUAGUUGCUCUCUUUUUAACCCUUCAAAUUGUUUGGAAGCAUUACUAUCUAAAUUGUAGAAAUAAAAGUUAAAUUAAACUGGUGUUUUCCUCCCAACCCUGCCAAAUUCUCAUUGAAAAUCUCCACUUUAAAAAAAAACAAGUUUUAUGUAUUUCCUUUGGAAUCCUUGUAGUACGUAAGAAUUGACUUCUGUGUUUUACAUUUUAUUGAAGAAAUUGUGAUUAAAUAUAUUCACUUUUCAGAUUUUUUUGAAAGGCCUCGGAUGUCUGAAUUUUGGGUUGUAAUCUAUUUUUUGUCUGAUUUGUCACACUCCAGUUUGGCUGAAUGUAGAAAGAUGAGUAACUAGAGUAACUGUUAACCUUUGAAGGAUUAUUUUAUAAAUGUGCUGAACCUAAGCAGUCACUGCACAGUAUCAUGAUCGACCUUGGGAGAAGCUACAAUUUAGAAUGCAUUUUGUCUUUUAGUCAAUAACUAAAAUUUCUUGUGGCUCCCAAAGCCGUUGAUUUUAAACUGAGCUGAUCUAGGGUAUCUCUGCUCUUGGGUACAAAUAGAAUUACACUAACUUUAGUUCCAGUCAGGCUGUUUAUGGAUUGAGUUUGUUUUGUUUUUAUAACCUGUUUUUCCUCCUUAAAUACCUUAUUUGUACUCUUACUCCUGCCCACUUAUUACAUGGUACUGUUCUGAAUAAUGAUUCCUUUCAAAAUGGACUCUCUCGCCACUUGUUCCUUUUUUAUUUUAGAGGUUGUUCUCCCCCUCCUCCACCCCCCCC